AUGAUUUUAUAUCAUUGGUGUCAAUUUAUAUUUUUUGCCCGGCUACGCUGUCAUAAAGUUAUGUCUACUGAUUAUAUUUAUUCCUUUUCAGAGAAUAUCAGAAACAGAUGUGCGUCAGGAGACUUGGUUGUGCUUAUGGCCCGGCGAAUGCCUUGUCAACAGGAACAGAGUGAGAAUACCGAAAUUAUAAGAAAAGCACCUCGCGUGGUCUGUCACGUAUUUGAAUCAGAAGAGGCUAAUUUUAUUGCCCAAUCUAUUGGGCAGGCCUUUCAAGUUGCAUACACGGAAUUUCUGCGAGCAAAUGGAAUUGAUGAUCCAAAUUACUUACGGGAUAUUGAUUAUCAAGAAGUGUUGAAUUCUCAAGAGAUGAUGGCUGAAGAACUGGAGCUGCUGGCGCGUAAGGAGACGCAAAAGGAUGUAGUUAUAUCAAAACGCGCAGGUGAACCUAUUGGAAUAGUAAUUGUUGAAUCAGGAUGGGGCUCAAUGCUUCCAACAUCGGUGAUUGCUAAUAUGGCGCCAGGUGGACCUGCUGCACGAUCUAAUCAGUUAAAUAUUGGCGAUCAGGUGAUUGGAGUCAAUGGUAUCUCACUUGUUGGAUUGCCGCUAAGUGCUGCACAACAAAACAUAAAGAAUGCUCGUUCAUCUACAGCUGUUCGACUGACAAUUGUUUCGACUCCACCUGUAGUAGAAGUACGAAUAAGACGACCAGAUACAAAAUAUCAACUUGGAUUUAGCGUUCAAAACGGAAUAAUUUGUUCGCUUCUUCGUGGCGGUAUCGCUGAACGAGGUGGCAUACGUGUGGGUCAUCGUAUUAUUGAAAUAAAUCAGACUAGCGUUGUGGCUGUCACACAUGAGCGAAUUGUCAACAUGCUGGCUACAGCUACUGGCGAGAUCCAUAUGAAGUGGGUUUAUGCUUAUAUUCUAAAAGUAAAUCUAAUUCAGAACAAUGCCAACAUCAAUGUUUCGUUUGCUGACUGGGCAGGAGAUACCAAACUACAUAUGAUGUUUAAUAUUUAUAAAUUGUCAUAUUGUAAAAAUUUAUAUAAAUAA